CCCAGCUCCAACACCGAAUCUGCCGCAUAUGAUGCAUCUCGGCACGUACCUCGGCCGACGCCUCGGCAGCCCCCUGGCUCGGCUGGGCACCGUCGCGCUGCGCCCAAUGUCGACGCUGCGUUCGCCCCGCUCGCCGUUCCAACGACCCCGCAAGCAGACCUCAUCGCCCAGCACGAGCCUCGAAGAAAGCCAUCCGGCAGUGCAGCCCGCCCGGAUCGAGAUCUUCCAAGACCGAAACGGAUAUCAGUACUUUCGGAGCCGCUCAACCCCGCUCUAUCAGACCCGUCGGUUCUGGAUCGUAUCCGGUGCUCUGGGGACCUUCUGCACCAUUUAUUAUCUGAGCCACCUUGAGACUGUUCCGAUGAGCGGCCGGACGCGAUUCAUCGACAUGACGCCGGAACAGGAGGAGCAAAUGGGCCGCGAGGCUUAUCACUCCGUCAUUCAGCAGUAUCAGCAUAAAAUCCUGCCGUGGAACCAUCCGCAUUCGGUGAUUGUUCGGAAAGUGGCUCAGCGCAUUAUCCAAGUCAGCGGCAUGAACAAUGUUGAAUGGGAGGUCUAUGUCGUCGAAGAUCCGCAGAGAAAUGCGUUUGUCUUGCCUGGCGGCAAAAUAUUUGUCUUCACAGGCAUUCUCCCAAUCGUUCAGGGCGAGGACGGCUUGGCGGCAGUCCUUGGCCACGAGAUGGCCCACCAGAUUGCUCGUCACUCGGCCGAGAAGAUGUCGUGGACCAAGGUGAUUUUCUUGAUCCGGGUCCUGAUGUCGACCUUCCUGGACACCAGCUUUCUGUUUGGACAAAUCCUGACGACCUUUGGAAUUGCGAUGCCAUUCUCGCGCAAGUGUGAGACCGAGGCUGACUACAUUGGACUCAAGCUGAUGGCACAAGCUUGCUACGAUCCCAGGGCCGCGGCGCAAAUGUGGGAGCGAAUGAAGCACUCCGACGACAGCGGACAGAGCCUGGAGUAUUUAAGCACCCAUCCCAACCACGAUACGAGAAUCAAGAAGAUCAUCGAGUGGCUCCCCGAAGCUAUUCAAAUACGCGAAGCAGCCGACUGCGAAACGACAUCUUCAUUCUACAACAUGUUCCGCAACAGACGCUUCUGAGCAAAUGGCCCGCUCCCUGUCUCGGCGGCAUUCGGCAGUUGAUACCUCCACACAAAGUCCAAUAUACAGCGCUUUCAGCAGGCCAUUGGAGCAAUUUUCUUUCUGAACCAACAAGUGGCAAUCCAAUCGUGUCGCAAUCGAUUCGAUGAUGACCAAGCCGCUCAUGUCCAUGACACUUGUCCAUGACGCUUGUCCAUGAAAUCGACCAUAGCCCAGGAGUCAGGCAGUCCACCCGAAUAGGAACGGGAUUCACUGUGCAUGUGGACUGCAUGAUGCUGAGCAAUCAACUGGCUGGAUGCUGUCGAUCGGCGUUCGUAUUGCUGUGAUGGAUGAGCCAUCAUGGAACAGGCAGCAAGAAGACGGUCUCACCACCGGUCGUUCUCUUCGUGUGCGUGAUGAGAUAUGGUUCAAUUGCGACGUGCUUGUAUCCGCAAGAGAGAAUGUGUCUCAUUGCUUUCGACUCGCUGUAAACUGUAAGAAAUCGCUCAAGCCUG